AUGAGAGGAACUACCUUGUUUGGUUUCUUGGUUGUGGCUGCAACCGCUUGUGCUAGAGAUGUUCGUCAUAAGCGAGAAGCAGAUCUCGAGGAAGCAGCGUCACAUCUUUGGGAAAAGGGUGAAGGUGUUGAACACCAUGGUAAUCAUCACGCUGAAAAUGGAGGAUUUGCUGAAAAAGGUUACAAAGGCCAUCACAGUUAUGACUCUGGCAAGAAAGGAUACUCCCAUCAUGAGGGAAAUAAAGGUGAGUUCGGAGAAAGCGGAGGACAUAAAAAGCACCAUCACCAUGACGAUGGCUACUUUGAUGAACACCAGCACGGAGAAAAGGGUGAAAAGGGCAACAGUUUUGAGGAAAAAGGACAUUAUCAUAAAGGACGUUCUACAAAAGGUCAUCAUGGAAUACAUAAAUUAGACGAGUUUAAGAAGGACAAACAUUUCCAUGACAAGCAUGGCGAAUCAGGUUUUGAAGAAAAUUACGGUGGAGAUCAUCACGAAGGUGGUUACAAAAAGGGUGGUGAUUUCCAUAAAGGACACAAAGAAGGCGGUUUUUACGAAAAUGAACAUGGAGAAAAGGGACAUCAUGAAAAGGGCGGUCAUCAUCACGAAACAAAAGGUCAUCAUGACGAAGGUGGUAACGACGAAUACUGGGGACAGCACGCAGAACACGGUAACAAAGGAGCCCACGAAGAACACAAAGAUUGGGGCUGGAAGGGACAUUAA